GACGAACUGAAGCAAGAAAAUCCCAAAAAAAAGAAGGAAAAAUACAAAUAAUAAAAAACACAGAAACGGCAGCGAUUGAUACAACAUCGCCAAACCACCACUACAGAUGUCCACAGGAGUGGGAGGUGGAGGGAGCAUAACGACAGAUCAUCAUAGCCGCCUGUAUUUCCUCAACUCACCCACGGCACCACUGUCCGCACGCGACCCCUUCUUAAUCAAACCCGAAUACCUCAAUUAUGAUAAUCCCAUGCAUCAUCUGUACCCAAGUAAUAGGGGGCUUAUAGACUACAACAAUUAUACGGUCACAGCAGCGGCAGCAGCAGCAAAUGCAGUGGCAGCCGCCUCCUCAGCGAACAACAGCACCAACGCCAAUAACGCCAACAGUAAUACAACAUCUGCCUCCGCCACCAACACCAAUAACAAUUCCACCUCCGCUGCUGCCGCCGCUGCCAAUCCCACUGUCGUAGCAGCUGUAGCCCUUAAUCUAGAGAACACCUUCCAGCAUCAGGCCCAGGUCCAGCAACAGCAGUUGCAACAACAGACUAACGCCCACAACACCAACAGCAACAACCCCGCAAACACAGCACACCCGCUGCAUCAUACCCUCAGCACACCCACAACACAGUCAACACGCGCCCAAAAAGCCGCCCGUCGCCGCAGUAACGAAUCACCGGAGGCCCGCCAACGAAGACUGGAGCGCAACGCCGCCAGGAUGCGCGAGAAACGCGCCAAGGAAUCGGAGGCCGAGUACCGCUUGCGUCUGGCCAAGAAUGCCGAGGCGAAUCGUAUACGACGUCAGAAUGAAAAUGAAGUACAAAGAACCUUAAGACUGAUGAAAAAUGCUGCUCGUCAACGAUUACGACGGGCCAGUGAAACGCCCGAGGAGAGAAAAAAGCGUUUGGCCAAAGCAGCUGAGCGUAUGCGUGUAGCGCGUGCCAAACAACCCAAAAUACCUAAGCCGCCUCUGGAGGAUCGUCUUAAGGGUUACUAAGCGC